AUGGAACCAGAGAAAAAUCCUAUUGGAGAACCCGUCAGAGAAAAACGCGAUAUAUGCAAGGUGAGACAGCGGCUGGUCGCUAGGUCCUGCUCCACCUCAACAGGUGGUCCAGUAACACCUAACACCACUCUGAAAUUGGGGCGAAAUUGUGAGAAACGGGAAAAAGAAACUGGAGAGGAAUUACCACAAGUGAAGGAGUUUUGCAAUCCCCUGAGAGCCAGUGCUGUAGCCAGUGCUGUAGCCAGUGCUGUAGCCAGUGCUGUACCCAGUGCUGAAGCCAGUGCUGUACCCAGUGCUGUAGCCAGUGCUGAAGCCAGUGCUGUAGCCAGUGCUGUAGCCAGUGCUGUACCCAGUGCUGUACCCAGUGCUGUACCCAGUGCUGUAGCCAGUGCUGUAGCCAGUGCUGUAGCCAGUGCUGUAGCCAGUGCUGUAGCCAGUGCUGUACCCAGUGCUGUACCCAGUGCUGUAGCCAGUGCUGUAGCCAGUGCUGAAGCCAGUGCUGUAGCCAGUGCUGUAGCCAGUGCUGUAGCCAGUGCUGUAGCCAGUGCUGUACCCAGUGCUGUACCCAGUGCUGUAGCCAGUGCUGUAGCCAGUGCUGUAGCCAGUGCUGUAGCCAGUGCUGAAGCCAGUGCUGUAGCCAGUGCUGUAGCCAGUGCUGUAGCCAGUGCUGUAGCCAGUGCUGAAGCCAGUGCUGAAGCCAGUGCUGCAGCCAGUGCUGUAGCCAGUGCUGAAGCCAGUGCUGUAGCCAGUGCUGUAGCCAGUGCUGUACCCAGUGCUGAAGCCAGUGCUGUACCCAGUGCUGUACCCAGUGCUGUACCCAGUGCUGUAGCCAGUGCUGUAGCCAGUGCUGUAGCCAGUGCUGUAGCCAGUGCUGUAGCCAGUGCUGUACCCAGUGCUGUACCCAGUGCUGUACCCAGUGCUGUAGCCAGUGCUGUAGCCAGUGCUGAAGCCAGUGCUGUAGCCAGUGCUGUAGCCAGUGCUGUAGCCAGUGCUGUAGCCAGUGCUGUACCCAGUGCUGUACCCAGUGCUGUAGCCAGUGCUGUAGCCAGUGCUGUAGCCAGUGCUGUAGCCAGUGCUGAAGCCAGUGCUGUAGCCAGUGCUGUAGCCAGUGCUGUAGCCAGUGCUGUAGCCAGUGCUGAAGCCAGUGCUGAAGCCAGUGCUGCAGCCAGUGCUGUAGCCAGUGCUGAAGCCAGUGCUGUAGCCAGUGCUGUAGCCAGUGCUGUACCCAGUGCUGAAGCCAGUGCUGAAGCCAGUGCUGAAGCCAGUGCUGUAGCCAGUGCUGUACCCAGUGCUGAAGCCAGUGCUGUAGCCAGUGCUGUAGCCAGUGCUGUAGCCAGUGCUGUAGCCAGUGCUGUAGCCAGUGCUGAAGCCAGUGCUGUACCCAGUGCUGAAGCCAGUGCUGUAGCCAGUGCUGUAGCCAGUGCUGUAGCCAGUGCUGAAGCCAGGGAGGGAUUACCAAUUGAAGACUUGUUCUACGUCCAGGAUGUGCACAGAUCUCCACUGUAG